AUGAAGAAGGUGAUGCCUUUUGUGCAGUUGGUGCGCGAGAAUCUCGCAGCGCAUGGCGAAUGCGCUUUUGAUGUUGCUUGUCGGUUCGAUCAGAACGAAGUUCUACAGCAGGUUCGCUGUUUCAUUCUUUUUGAACAGCUUAUCAGUUUGUAA